AUGGAUUUAUAUUUGUGGCUGCUAGUCUUCAAUGUGCUAAUUGUCAAAGGCAUUGAAAAUCCUUUGGGAGAUGAUAAUGACAAUAAUACUGAAUUGUUAGCACAAUUAAUGCAAUUAAUUAAUAGCAAUCAAAAUCUAACAUUGCAUGUCUUGAAUAUGAAUGAACGUUUAAUUAAACUAGAAACGAAAACCUUAAAAUAUGAAGAAAAUAUUAAUCAAUUUAAACAAUUCAUGAAGGACCAACAAAAUGUUACACCGACAGAUUUGAGUUGUGUAAAUGUAAAAGAUAGUGAAUGGAUUGUCAUACAGAGACGUCAGGAUGGCAGUGUAGAUUUCUAUCGCAAUUGGAAUGAAUACAAAGUAGGUUUCGGUAAUAAAGAUGGGGAAUUUUUUAUAGGUCUUGAAACGUUGCACCGGCUUACGGAUAGUGGAGUAACUUAUGAACUAUUAGUUGAAAUGGAAACAUUUGGUGGCAGUAAACAUAAUGCCAGCUAUAGUCAUUUUGUUGUGGGCAGUGAAUCGGAGAAUUAUAAGCUUAAAAAUUUAGGCAGAUUCCGGGGCAAUGCUGGAGAUAGUUUGAAUUAUCAUUUGCAUCAAUGGUUUUCAACUAAAGAUCGUAGAAAUGAUCAAAAUCCUGUUGGAGAUUGUGCCCAGACAUUUGAAGGUGGCUGGUGGUAUAAUGAAUGUCAUCAGAGUAAUCUUAAUGGGCGCUAUUAUCAUGUGGAAAAUACUCCAACAGCAAAUGGCAUACACUGGUAUAGAAUCACCUAUUAUACUUCGUCUCUGAAAUUUGUGGAAAUGAAAAUUCGUGCAAGAUCUUGUCGGCGAAAUUAAGAGA